AUGAUUUAUCUUUCAGCUAACCGUUGUCGGCCAUAUUUAACCACACCUUGGGAAGAAGGCAAUGAUUAUGUUAAUGCUGUUUUUGUAAAUAGUUACCACAUUAAAGAUGCUUUUAUUGUUACCCAGAUGUCACUACCAAAUACAGUGGUAGAUUUCUGGAGACUGGUUUAUGAUCAUAAUUCAUCUUGUAUUGUUAUGUUAAAUGAACUGGAUCUCAAUGAUGAGACAUGUGAGGUAUAUUGGAGUUUAGACCCUUGUGGUAUUAAUUAUGGUCCAUUUAUUGUUGAAACCACAGCUGAGAUUAAAUCAGAUCCUAGUGUCACAGUUAGAGAUUUCACCAUAACAAAUACAUUACUGCCUGAUGAACCACCUCGAGUUAUUCGACAAUUUCACUUCCAUCAUUGGCCUGAAGGUAGUGCUGUACCAAGUUCCAAAAUGGCAUUACUGGAGUUAUUAGACACUGUUGAAAGAUGGCAGACUCAAACUGACAACAGACCAGUUACCGUCCAUUGCAUGAAUGGUGCCAGUAGAAGUGGUUUAUUUUGUGCUGUUAGUUGUAUAUUAGAAAGAUUAAAUAUAGAAAAAGAAGUAGAUGUCUUCCAGGCAGUGAAACAACUUAGGUUAAAUAGGUCACAAUUUAUAGAUAACAUGGAACAGUACAAGUUUUGUCAUGAUAUUGUUCGUGAUUACCUUAAAGAGCCAGAAUCACCAUCAGCAUUGUCAUCAUGA